GAGAGAAAGAGAGACGAAUGAAUAUCGCGUGGGGAACAGAGCAGGCUGGUGUGAAGAAUGACGGUGACGGUCACGUCGAACCGUCCACGGGUCAGGACGCUCUGAUUGCCCGUGAUUGGAUGACGAUCUGGUCUGGAUAAUAAGGAAUUCUCAGAGCGAGAGAGGUGGAUGUGGAUGACACUAAGAGUCUGGCCGAAAGAAGAGAGGACACGAGAGAAAAACCACCACAAAAAGCCACCACAGCCAUCAAGAAGAGAUGUAACCUGCACUGCCAUUCAAAAAGAAAGGCUACAAGAAAGGAGUUUCCGAACAAAGAGCUCUUCAAAAUGGAUAACUUAAGUUUAACCGAAGAAGUGGACAGUUUUAAUUCCAGCUCCUUUGGGAACUCCACCAGUGAGUACUCCAUGCCCACCAUCAUAGGACUGGCAGGACUGGUAAGCUUUCUCAUCUUGUUUACUAUAGUCGGGAAUGUGCUGGUCGUGAUCGCCGUUCUUACGAGCAGAGCACUCAAACCACCCCAGAACCUUUUCCUUGUGUCCCUGGCCAGUGCUGACAUCCUGGUGGCCACCCUGAUAAUGCCUUUCUCCUUAGCUAAUGAACUAAUGGGUUACUGGUUAUUUGGGAAAGUUUGGUGCGAUAUCUACUUGGCGUUGGACGUUCUUUUCUGCACGUCAUCCAUUGUGCACCUGUGCGCCAUAAGCUUGGACAGGUACUGGUCCGUGACACAGGCGGUCGAGUACAACCUGAAGCGGACGCCUCGCCGACUGAAGGGCAUGAUCGUGGUGGUGUGGCUGAUCUCGGCCGUGAUCUCCUUCCCCCCGCUCAUCUCUAUGGACCGGAAGGACCAGAAUGUGAACGUGAAGCCCCAGUGCGAGCUGAACGACCACACGUGGUACAUCCUGUACUCGAGCUUUGGCUCCUUCUUCGCCCCCUGCGUCAUCAUGAUCCUCGUCUAUGUCCGGAUCUACCAGGUGGCUAAGACGCGCACCCGGAGCAUGUCAGAGAAGCGGCACGACACGGAUGGCGGGGCUGAGGCACCGCGCCUGGAGAACGGCCUGAGCCAGGACGACUUGAGCCGGGAGAACGGGCACUGCACCUCGCCGCGUCCCGGUGAGCCCAGGCCUGGAGAGGAGGAUCCAGAUGUGGACUUGGACGACAGCAGCUCUUCUGAUGAGAAGGCCAAGCGGCCGCACCACGAGCCGACCUCCAGCCGGAAAGACCGCAGGGCCAGCCGCAAAAACAGUUCUAGCUCCAAGCACUCCAGCCGCAAGUCCCGCGCCAGCAGCAAGUCCCUGGACCUGUUCUCCUCCAGGAGGAAGAGGAGGAACACCAUGUCCAGGAAGAAGAUCUCGCAAGCGAGAGAGAAGCGCUUCACCUUUGUGCUGGCAGUAGUCAUGGGCGUGUUCGUGGUCUGCUGGUUCCCCUUCUUCUUCAGCUACAGUCUGUAUGGAAUCUGCCGGAAGCCCUGUGAGAUCCCCAGGCCCCUCUUCAAGUUCUUCUUUUGGAUCGGCUACUGUAACAGCUCCCUCAACCCCGUCAUCUACACCAUCUUUAACCAGGAUUUUCGCAGAGCGUUCCAGAAGAUCCUCUGCAAGUCCUGGAAAAGGUCUUUUUAGAGGAGCGUAGUGACACAACAGCACCGAGUUCAGGUGACAGACAAAAAAGCCAUUGGAUGUUUACGAAAACAGAGACGUCUCUUGUGCACGUUGUGGCAGCACUACUCAGACUCCACUGCCCCCCCUGCAUUUAUGCCUUGACAAUCUUCCCACUACAUAGAUAUUCAUAACAAUCUGUUUUAUUUUAUAAGGCUCUGGGCUCUGUAAGGACAGCUGCUGUGGACUGUGUGUACUUACAGUAGCAAGAUCUUUCAAAAACGCCCACCUAAAACUGGGCAGCACUGUACUGUAUAUGCGGAAACAGGCUUAUCUUAAUUACAGCCACAGGCACUUCUGACUUAUCAAGAGACAUAUUUAUGAUGAGUUUGCACAUAUGGCUUUUCUCUUUGGGACUAGAGGGCUAUGAAACAUGAAAGGCCAUUUCCUUUUGAAAAUGUGAUAAAAAAGGGGAAAGGUAAAAUGAGUUAUGUGGCUGAACGCUGCUUCUCUCCAGGAGACUUAAACAAAACGGACACUGCUGGUUAGGGAGUAGGGGAGCUUUACGCUCUGCAGAGGGAUGUCACUGAAAGACAGAUGAGAUGUGGGCUUUGCUGACUAUUGCCAAGCACCUUUUGAGAAAGCAAAGCCCUGGCAGAACAGGGCUUCAUUACCGUAACUGUCCGUCAACACAUGUGCUUUUGAAUCAACACACUGGAUUGCUGCUGACACUCUUUACCACUGAAUGCCAUUAAUGAGAAGAGGUAUUUGCAUUGUUUGGUCAAAUCAAGCUGUAUAUGAUCUUAAACAGUUCUAAGUAUUUAUAUGACAUCACUGCUCUUCAGAAUUUUUCUUAUCUGCUGAUGUUCUUCUGUGCUCACGCUUGUUGGUUGUAUCACGUUGUACUAUGGCGUUGCAUAUGACACUGUAUGAUAUACAUUACAAAAGGGCAAAACCAUUUUUUUCAUAUCUUUUUGUUUUCUGUACGUUCUAAAAAGUCUUGGCCUUCUUGGGUAUGGAGCUCUUAUUUUGUUUUCUGUCCCAUCUUAUUGUGAUAUGUUGGAAAUGACCAACAAGGUCACCACAAGCACAUUUGAUGAUGUUCAAAAAAUAAACAAAUUACACUUCUACUUACCGCUACGAACACAGUGUAAGGUCACUCUUCUGUGCUUCUUUCUCCGCUGCUUCUGGCUUUGAUCUCAACUAGGUUUGAGACCAGGCUCAUUUAGUAAAAUCUUCAGAUUAGAGUCGGCAGGAAGACUGAAGCCGGUCUGAUGAAUUGUUUUCAACUGCAAACCCAAUGCUUAAGGUCCUCUAGAGGGGUGGGAGGAUUGGGAGGGUUGGAGGUCUCCUGAUUAUGAUUAAUGUGUGGUAGUAAUAAGCAGCUAAUGUGUUCUUCUCUCUUCGCACAACCUGAGAGUGACUUGAACACCCCUUCCGCUCAUUAGUGGGAACGUACAGAUCAUUGGAGAGGUUAAAUAAAGUAACUUCAUUGCAGAAUGGUCCUGGGUUGCUGCCCUCUUUCAUCAGAGCAACAGGGGACAUAGUGUCAGAGAGUCAAAGGGAGAAGAACCCCAGCCAAGACACGCAAACUCCCACUGACCCUGCCACUACAGAGUGACAUCUCAGUCUAUUAGAGCUGAAGUACAUGGGAUGGUGAGUUGAAAGGUCACAAGAUGCUGUGUGAAUUUGAAAUUUGAAGGAGGGGAACAUCAGAGAAAAUGUCUAUUCAAAGCCCGUUCAGAACAAUGUGCUUCGCCAAAUCAGGAAUGUCAGUGGUGCAGCUGGUUUCGUACGUAAUCGGUAAUGUCAAUGAGCCAGUCAGUUUCACAUGGAAACGCAAAAGCAGCAAUGUUUUGUAAUUAAUCUCUGAAAGCUGUCAGUUAUGUAAGAGUUAUUUGGCAAAAGAUAAUGACAAAAUAAUCAAAUUCACCGUGUCUGCAGGAAUGCUGCAUUCUCAUUUAAUAUCUCUCCUUUCAUGGUACAUGCCAUCCUUUAAAUGCCUGGGUUUGUCUAAAUUGCACGUUGAGCUUCUAUUCAAGCUAAGACAUCGUGGAGGGGCUGUAAAGGGAUGAAAGGCCUUGCCUAAAUCAUUAUUCAUCCCUAGUGAUGCUGCAGCAGACACUCAACGCCACUACAAACAUCUCCGUCAAAAGCCCAAGAAACGAAAAGCCGUAGUGAAUUGUACUGUUUAUGCAUCUUUGAUGAAUAUUUUACUGAGUAGUGUUAAGCAUCAAAUUCUAAGCCUCACUGAGGAAAACUGUCAGAUCAUGAAUAUGGCAAUUAUCUAAAACAAUAAUUAUGAAUAAACUGUUAUU